GUCCUUUAUCAGCUUCUCCAACGCCCCCAUACAGGGAAACGCUAGCUAGCUGUCUGUGGUUUGACAGGAUCACUAACCGAUUCCUGUUCGCUGGCUGAACAUCUGAUCGAAAAUGGGGGCUUGUAUGGCGCUGUGCUCUCUCGCGAGCUGUGCCUCAUGUUUAUGUGGCUCCGCUCCAUGUCUGCUGUGUGGGUGCUGUCCGUCAUCCAGCAACUCUACAGUCACUCGGCUGGUCUUCUCCUUCUUCCUGUUGCUGGGAACAGUAGUGUCUAUUAUUAUGAUCCUGCCUGGCAUGGAGACUCAGCUUCGCAAGAUUCCUGGUUUCUGUCAAGGUGGAACCACCAUACCGGGUGUAGAGAACCAUGUCAACUGUGAUGUGAUUGUGGGCUACAAAUCUGUGUAUCGCAUGUGCUUCGCCAUGGCUUGUUUCUUCUUCCUCUUUGCUGCCAUCAUGAUUCGUGUCAAGACCAGCAAAGACCCUCGUGCUCCUAUUCAAAACGGAUUUUGGUUCUUUAAGUUUCUGAUCCUGGUUGGUAUUACUGUUGGAGCCUUCUUCAUCCCUGAUGGAACAUUUAAUGAUGUGUGGUUCUACUUUGGCAUUGUGGGCUCCUUCAUGUUCAUCCUGAUCCAGCUGAUCCUGCUGAUUGACUUUGCCCAUUCCUGGAAUGAGGUGUGGGUCAGAAAUGCUGAGGAGGGCAACAGCAAGGGCUGGUUCUUCGGUCUCUUGUUCUUUACCAUCCUGCACUAUGCCCUGGCGUUUACUGCUGUGGUGCUGUUCUACCUGUACUACACUAAGCCUGAUGACUGCACCGAACACAAGGUCUUCAUCAGCCUGAACCUCAUCUUCUGUGUCAUCAUCUCUGUGGUGUCCAUUCUACCUAAAGUUCAGGACGCCUCUCCUCAGUCUGGUCUGCUGCAGUCUUCUCUCAUCACUUUGUACACCAUGUAUGUCACAUGGUCUGCCAUGACCAACAAUCCCAACCGGGACUGUAACCCCAGCCUACUCAGCCUGGUGUCCAACGUCAGCAGCACACACCCUACACCUACCACCGCCCCAGGAACGGUGCAGUGGUGGGACGCCCAAGGCAUCGUGGGAUUGAUCAUUUUUCUUUUUUGCACUCUAUACGCCAGCAUCCGCUCAUCCAGUAACACUCAGGUGAACAGGCUGAUGCAGACGGAGGAAGGGAAGGGCUCGGAAGUGGAAAGCAAAGUGGAGGAGGGCAGCAUGCAGAGGGUGGUGGAUAAUGAGGAGGAGGGGGUCACCUAUAGCUAUUCUUUCUUUCACUUCCACCUCUUUCUGGCUUCACUUUACAUCAUGAUGACCCUCACCAACUGGUACAAGCCUGACACUACCACCCAGGCCAUGGCGAGCAGCAUGCCUGCAGUGUGGGUGAAAAUCUGCUCUAGCUGGCUGAGUCUGGCACUCUAUCUCUGGACCCUCAUAGGCCCAGUCAUCCUCCCCAACCGGGAUUUCAGCUGAGCCCUAUACAUGUAUGUGUAUUCAGGUGUGAGUGUGAGAUUGAAUGAAUAAAGUAGGAGCUGUACCUGCUAAUAUAAAGGUAAGCAAUUAUGAAGUAGGAUAAAUGAAUGAAGCAUGUAGCUUCCUCUGUGAUGUUCAUAUAUAUUUGUGCCCUGACAAAUCUGCUCUUGCUCUUUUAUCUUCUUCUUUAAUGCCUUGGUACAACUGUAAGUGGCUUCUUUACUGGUGCAAUUUUAACCUUAUCUACAGGAUUCUUUUCAAAUCAGUAUGUCUAUGCUUGAAAGAAGAACGCUAACUAGUCAAACCUGAUACUGUACACAUUCAAGACAAUAGUUAAAGAUGCACAACAGGCCAUGUCUUCAGUGGUCUCGCCACGAAUACACACAGGCACGAAUAUGCAUGUUACUGCUGCUGCUACUAGCCGUCUCUACCUGAAAUAAAUACACUUUUUACAAGACAUUUAUUUCAGUAACAGGGUUGAAGUUUUAGUUAAUCAAGCACUUUUUUCCUAAAGCAAUUUCAUGAUAGAUUGAUGGUCUCUUAAAAAAAAAAAAAAGUGUCAGGCUUUGGGGUUCACAGAGGGGGAUGUUUUUCUCUCUAGACCUUCACUGGAGCCCCGUUAGCGGCUGUGUGUCUGAAAGAUAAGCCUAGUGUGACACGCCCUACCUUACUCACUGCCAUACAUUUCAGCAAAAGCUCUUGCUGCUUUUUUUGAGCAGUCUGAGCUGUAUUACUAAACACUGCAAUCUACUUCCAAAAAGUUUGCCACAGUUGUAAUGAUGUGUAAAAUGUAAGUAAAUGUAGAUAAAAAUAGAAUACAUUGAACUCUUGUUUUGUUCAAAGUAGAACAUAAAACACAUUUCAAAUGUUGAAAGUGAGAUGUUAUAAUUUUCUGAAAAAUAUUAUUAGUUGUUAAAGUUUUUGCACUGGAAUAUUGCCCCAUUCUUGUCUGCUCAACAGUGUAUUUUUCACUUCAUGAUUCACCAAAUCAUGUUUGAAAAAGGUCUGGACUGUUCUCUUGUGCAGCCAGGCUGCUUUGGAGGGUGCAGUGUGUGGUUUAUCAUAGGAUUGCUGAAAUAUAUUCAUAGCCACAGGACACCUGCAUCCAUGGUUUCCAAAAUGCAUUUCAAAUCUCAUCACAACUGUUUUCCAUUUUGUCUCAGUUAGCUUUAAAUAAGCUUUAGACCAGAGAAGAGGGCAGCUUUUCUGGAUCAUGUUGACAUGUAUUGUUCUUUGUAUGAUACCUGUUUAAAUUGCAGCGGUGGAAUGCACUGGGAACUAACUGACAGACUAUGAUUUCUGGAUUUUAAGUGCAGAAUCAUGCCUGUUUUUAGUGCAGUGCUCUCCAAACCAUCAUUGAUUGUGGAAACUUCACACUAGACCAAGUCAAAAGUCAGUGCAGUGUUUUCCCGGAAUAUGUUACAGCACUUCAUGCUUCCUUCUGCUGACAACUUUUAGAGGAGAUGCAAAUUUCAUUUUCCAGCAUGACUUUGGCACACUGCCAAAGAUACCAUUAUAUAAUUUUCAAAUUUCCUGUUCUAUUAGAUUUAUUCUAUUUUUUUUCUAAUGAUUUUUUGGGUUUCAUUGGCUGUAAGUCAUAAUCAUCAACAAUACAUAUGUAAUGUAUGUAUGUAUGUAUGUAAAUAGAGAGAUGUCUUUGAAAAUUUACAUUAAGGAACUUUUUUUUUUUUUUCUUAAAUUGUUAGACAACUGUUGCAGUCCUUCACUAGCCUUUGUUUGAGAGACUCUGCCUUUCUAAAAUAUUUUUUUACCCAGUCAUGUGAGUUAGUUCCAGCUCCAGUUUUGUAUUAGUACCACUUAUUUUUUUUGUUUCCCUGUAACCAACUUUUUUGAGAUGUGCAGUUCCCGUGAAGUUCUGAGUAAAUGUUGUCUCACUUUCAAUAUCUGAUGUUUUCUAUGAGAUGAAUUAUAUUUAUCUACAUUUUACACCAACCUUUUUGGAAUAUAGGUUGUUUAAUAUUAAUAUAUAGAUGGUGGUGCUCUUUCAACCUGUAAAAGGUGUUUGUGUGGGUGUGUUGUUAAUAGAUCUAUGAUAAUCAAAUGUGUAAACCCAUACUCUAGUGUAUAUAAAUAGCUGUACAAUGACUCGACAUUUCAGUGCUGGACAGAAAGUGACUGUAGUGAACUGUAGAAGUUAGGAGCUUUGUAUUGCUUUUGCUUUUGAAAUUUAAUUUGCAUUUUCAUAUACUUUCAUAUAUUUGUGUUUUUUGUGUUCAAUGUUUCAUUAGUUUCAUAUUUUUACAUUUCUUGACAUUAUUUGUACAUUGAUAAUAUUUCAUGUAAGCACAUAUCAUAUUGAUGAAAGUAAGCUUUAUAUAUUGUAGCCUUUGAUUACUUGUCCUGUUAUUGUCUUGUGAUGAAGCUGUAUUAUGAAUAAGAAUAAGGUAUCAUAUGAAGUCGAUUUAACUCUGUAGCUCGAAGUAUUCUGGGUGUUUUAUGCCGCGAGUAUCGUAAAUAGUCAAAAAUGCCUGUAUUCAGAACUUUGGUUCUCCUGCUGUAAAUGGAAGACUCUGAUUGUGAUCUCAGUAACUCAGCAUGUAGAUGCCGCUGGUGUUGUAAUUCAUAGUAAUUCAUACAAGCAUGAUGGUACAUUUUAAUUUAUUAGCAACAACUUGCAAGGUUUUAAGUCGUUUAAUUGUUGAUGCACUAAAAGUGCCUUUUUUAAUAACCUGGCUUACCAACAACUUCCAAGCCAGGACCCUGACCUGAAUAUAGAAGUGCCUUCUUCAUUUUUUAUACCAUCUGUAAUUAACAAUACUGAUGUUGCACAAAUUUUCUGCACCCAGACAUAUCAGUUGUUUCAUCUGUUUGAUGUGCAUCUGCCAAUCGGUUUUAUUUCAAUAAACUGUUCUGCAACUGA